AUGUCUCUUUUGAAGGAGUAUACCUCAGCGGAUGUUGCAUUGCACAAAACAAAAACUGAUCUAUGGAUCGCUGUGCACGGGAAAGUCUACGAUGUUACAAAUUACGUCCGUGAUCAUCCUGGUGGAGCGGAUGUCCUUUGUGAUGCCGCUGGAACAGAUGCGACCGCAGCAUACGAAGAUGUUGGGCAUUCUGAAGAUGCCGACGAGAUUUUGAAGACUUUUCUGAUUGGCACUCUCCAAGGGGCUCAAGAGUUCACAAAACCCAAGCCCGUUCGGGUCAUCCAGCAACCGCCACAUGGAGCCACAGGAAAGCCGUCCAGUCUCACAAGCGGCAAGAUUGUCAUGACUCUUUGCUCGGUAGGCGGCUGUACCUUCUUGGCUCUCCUCCAUUACUAUGGGUAUCUCUCGCCUGGAAGGCUUGGGACUUGGCCCUUGAAGAACUUUCCCACUUGGAUACAUGAAAUGCCAAUUCCGAAACUGAGCCUUGGGCGAGCGGACUUCUCCAACGGUUUCCUCACUGCUGCGGGCAUCUACACAGCUAUCGCUGCCGCGGUUGGAUCUAAAAUGAUGAAGCUUACUCAAAUUGAGUCUGGCUUCACCCGCUACCCCUCACACCUCAAGACCAAGAAGCUGGCUCAAACCGAUCCCCACCUUGUCAAAGGGUUUCUCGGGCCCAAGGACUUCAAAGAACUUCCUCUUAUUGCGAAAACGCAGCUCGCACCGAGCGUUUACCGAUUCACUUUUGCACUUCCUCGUCCUACGGAUGUUAUUGGUCUUCCAAUCGGCCAGCAUGUGGCCAUCAAAGCCACCAUCAAAGGCCAGUCCGUUUCCCGGUCCUAUACGCCAACAUCAAGUAACCUGGAUCUUGGAGUUUUGGAAUUGGUAAUCAAGUGCUACCCGGAUGGUCUGCUCACAGGCCAAUACCUUGCCAACUUACAAGUUGGUGAUAAGGUUCUCUUCCGAGGCCCAAAGGGUGCUAUGAAAUAUCGAAACGGCAUCUGCCGUCAUAUUGGUAUGAUUGCUGGUGGAACUGGUAUUACCCCGAUGUACCAGCUCAUUCGUGCCAUCUGCGAGAAUGAAACUGAUACGACGGAGAUCAGUCUGGUUUAUGCCAACCGCACAGAGGAAGAUAUUCUUUUGCGUGAGGAGCUGGAGAAGUUUGCCCGCAGAUACCCAAAGAACCUGAAGAUCUGGUACAUGCUUGACCAACCUUCUCCAAAGUGGAAAUACGGAAAGGGUUACGUGACAUCACAGGUGAUGGCGGAAAAAUUGCCAGCACCCUCUGCUGACACGAGGAUCAUGCUGUGUGGCCCCCCUGGAAUGAUUAAUGCUUCGAAGAAGGCAUUGUGCUCUCUAGGUUUCCAAGCCCCGGGCUCGGUUUCCAAGAUGGUGGACCAGAUAUUUUGCUUCUAG